GCAUGCACCUGCUUGCAACAAGAGCUCUAGCUUCUUCUUCUACCUUAGCUUGAGUGCUAGUGACACACACAAACGCAAACACACGGGAGAGAGACAGAGAGAGCGAGAGAUGAUUGAUAUCCGGAGUUCUAUCCUAUGGUGGGACGAGUGGCAGCUGCGCAUCCUCGUCCUCGGCAGCCUCGGCCUCCAGUGGUUCCUGCUGUUGGCUGCCCCCAUGCGCAAGUAUACCAUCCAUAGCUUGUUCAGGAGAUGCAUCUGGCUGGCGUACAUCAGCAGCGACGCCCUGGCGAUCUACGCGCUAGCCACCCUCUUCAGUCGCCACGUCAGGGCGAGCAGCGCCUGCGAGUAUGGGGGCAAGGCGACCUCCCUGGAGGUCCUAUGGGCUCCGCUCCUCCUCGUCCACCUCGGCGGGCGGGAUGAGAUUACGGCCUUCAACAUCGAAGACAACGAGCUGUGGACGCGGCACACCGUGACCCUCGUGUCCCAGGUCACGGUCGCCGUGUACGCCUUCUGCAAGUCGUGGCCCAGCGCCGCUGACCGGAGGUUAGUGCUGUCAGCGAUCAUGCUCUUCAUCAGUGGGAUCAUCAACUUCUGCGAGAAGCCCUGGGCUCUCAGGAGCGCUAGCAUUAAUCGACUGGCGGCCAUGUCGUCGAUUAUAAAAGGAGAAAGAAGCAGAAAUCGUAGCGGAUGGGAGCGCUGCUUCACCGUGAUGGAUAAUAGCGAUAAAUGUUGGAAAGGAAAGCCACCCCAGGAUGCAGCCAUCUUGUCACCAAUGGACCAAGUCCAGAUGAUACUUUCUGACAUCUCGCUGCUUGCAGUUAACAAUGACCUGGUGAAGAAAGGACACAAGAAGCAAGUUCUGGCGAGACUAAGCCCCGGCGUAUCAAUGACUUCUUGGCUGCGACGAGCAUUUGAGCUCAUCUACACUAGAGCUAAUGUGAUCUACGCUCCUGCAUACAUGGCUUGUGAUUUCCUGCUGGUUCCGGCUCUGUACAUCGCUGCCAUCACGCUCUUUGCAAUGAGCCACAAGCAGGGGUACAACGCCACAGAUGUCAAGAUGACAUACAUUCUCAUGUUCUUCACCGCUGUGCUGGAUGCCCUGGGGGUGCUCAUCAGUAAGCUGUUGUACAAGCUCAUGUCCAAAAUAACAAGAGUUCCAGCACUGUGCAUGACGCUUCCCGAUUAUAACCUCAUAAACUCGGUCCUCAAGAGAAUGAAGCCUGCAACCGGGUGGCUGCUCAAGUGUGCCACCUGCUUCGGCUACGAGGACUACUCUGUUGGCGACCGCAAGCUGUCAGCCAAUGUUGCAGAAUUUGUUGUUUACGAACUGCUGAAGCCCGGGAAAGUUGAAGGCCUCGACCUCGCCAGCUACAGGAGCCUCACCAAACCAAACUGGGCUCUGGGUGAACUACGAGAUUACGUGCAAGACGGCCACGAGAAUAUACGGCGCAGCCUGUGUGAUUCACCAUUCGACGAGAGCGUCCUUCUCUGGCACAUCGCCACCGACCUCUGCUUCCGCAUGCGUCAUUCCGAAGCCGACCGCACGCCUCGUGAACCAUCUCGUGAAGAAUGCACAAAGGCAAUGUCCAAUUACAUGGCCUACCUGCUUCAGUUUCGACCCGAGAUGCUGAUGACCGGCAGCAGGCAGCAUCUGUUCACUCAAGCCAUGGAAGACCUGGAGGACCUAUUCCAAGACAAGGAGAAGGGCAAACUGCGCGACAUUCAACAUUACACGAGCCUAGUGACGGAUAUCAUCGAUGAAGGGGCCAAAGAGAACAAUGACAAAAAAUAUUCUCUCAUCCAAGACGCAUGCAAGCUUGCGCAAGAGCUGCUGAAUCUGCCGGAUGAAGAGAAGCGCUGGAAGCUGAUGUACGGCGUGUGGAUGGGCAUGCUGUGCUACUCCGCCAGCAUGUGCAGGGGCUACAUACACGCCAAGAGACUGGGCGAAGGCGGAGAGUUCCUCUCCUACGUCUGGAUCGUCAUCUCCCUCAAGGGGACCAAGACCUUGGCCGACAAGCUUCAGAUGCCAGAGGAAGCGACGCUUGGCCCCCAAAAAGAAGAAUCACAGCAGGAGUCCGAAGAAGACAUCGAGUCGAUGUUUGGUUGAUUUACAUUUUAGU